CCGCUCCCCUCCCCUCCCGCACAUCGUUCGUUUUCCUUCCAUCAGCCUUUCAAGGAUCGACCAUCCCGCCGCCAAAGCGCAUCCGCGUCUUCCAUUGUCAAUCGCGUGGGAUGUGAUGCACUGAUGCUCAGACCCAACCCUAGGCCAACGUCAAUCUGCCACACAUUAUUUGAGCACUGUCCAAAAUCCAAUCUCGCUUUCAUCACCCAUCGAAUGACAACACGACAAUCACACGCCAUCAAAUCAAACUCAAUUACGGAGCUUGGUACGAAGUACAUUUCCCAGCAACCGAUACUCGACUCUUUCCCGCCAACGAUGCCCGAUUUCAAUAGUGUCAAUGUCAGUGUCAGGGCCAGUUCAGCGCUGGCGGACAUGAACACCAACGAGUUGUCCUGUUUAAUUGAUGGCCUGUUGGAGGAAUAUCUCGAGUUACUGGAUCAAUACACGAACCUACGGGCGGAGCUAGGCAAGGCGCAGAGUUCCGUACGUCAUACCUUCCUCACUUGUCUACAGUUCAAGAAUGGAGGAAUUGAAUGGCCAUGCUGAUAUCUGAUGCUAAAAAAGAUCCAACAACACCUCGCCCGAGCAAACUUCCACGCCGACCGUGGGGUUCGGUAUGGUGCCUCCUUCUACACCCCUCGCAUGCAAGCCUCACGAGUAUGUCGUGUAACAUCUCCAGCCCUCGCAUCCGAGUCGCCGACGUUCUCUGUCCAUCCCUACCCCCAAAAAUCCCCCGACGAGGGAAUCAAUGACAUAACCACGAAAACAUCUUCUGGAACAUCGCCUAUCACCUCCCCAGAAAAUUUCAAAGAAAAUCUCUUCGAAGACGAGAAGGAAAAAGAAAAAGAGGCGGGAACGAACGGGAAAGAAAAGGAUAAGAAUAAGAUACCUGAUCCUAUCCGUAUGUUUGGAUUCUCGACCUCGCGGGAGUUGAAGGAGGCUCAGAAAGAGUCCAUUUCUAUGAUUGAGGGGGUUAUUCCGAAACUUCUGGGCUUGGAUGAGCAGAUGAAGGGAGUGGAGAUUGAGAUUCGGAGGGCGAGGAAGUAUCGUGCCAAGGCGGAGGCACAAAUUUCUGAAGAUGUGAAGCCUUGAUGGAGAGAGUACUCUUUUAUUCGCAGGGGAUGGUUUAUGGUUUGAUAUCCUACGACAACGUGAGGGGUUACGGGGAACGGUUCCGGGAAUACGAUACGAGAAAAGGGAUUUGACAUAUCCAUGACAAAAGAACUGGUGGACUUUGUGUCUGGCAAAUGUGGGAUGUAAGUACCUACGCGAAUUGCUACAUGCAGCUAUGUGAUGCUAGGAAAUACUCUCCCACUAGCUGUAUCUUGGCCCAAACCCAAGUAAAGG